CUUGAACUAGUUAGACAGUUGUGCUCCACACGUCACGAGCAGUUAAUUAACCGCGACGCUCGGAGCUUCAUUAGUUCAUUAACAAGGCCGGUCAUGGCAUCAUCUUCAGAGGAGAGCAGGUUUCUGGAUGAUCUGAAGAGAAAACGCGUUAGAAUCACUCUGUCCGACACACAGAUCAGCGGCGUGAUCCAGCGCGUCUCUCAGAAGAAGAGCGUGGUGUUAGAGGACGUGUCUGAAGUGAAAAGCGGACGCAAGUUUCCAGGCGUCAAGAUCAUUUUCGGACAUGAAAUUCUUAAAGUGGAAUUUACCAAUCAAGACAACCUUGUUAAUGAAGAGCACACAUCUGAGAUCCACUCGUUCAGGAAGAAGAUGGUGGAUGAUGUCGAUGAGGACGGUGUGCGUUAUGUGGUGAUAGACGAGCUUCAGGAGAAGUUUGGCCCAGCAGUUAUGCACAUCCAACAACAGAAAGUGAUCGGAAUCGGAGCUGAAGUGUUUGGGCAGAUUGCACAAGAGAGACUUUGCUGGUUGCAGGUUGCCACUAAGAAGGUAGUGUACCUGUUUGAUGUCCUCCUGCUCGGUGGGCAAGCGUUUAGAAACGGCCUGUCCAUGAUUCUGGAGAGUCCGCACAUCCUGAAGGUGCUUCAUGACUGCCGCUGCAUCGCCCGGUGUCUGAGAGCAGAGUUCAGAGUCGACCUCACUAAUGUCUUUGACACACAGGUGGCUGAUCUCAUGCUCUUCUACCGCGAGACCGGAGGCUUUCUCCCAGACCGGCUCAGCUCUCUGCAGGAGGUGCUCCGACUCCACCUCAAGCUCCCCGCCUCCGACCUUUCACCCCUGUGCUCCAAAGAGCUCCAGCGCAAGGAGUGUCCUGAGCUGUGGUACCUCCGUCCCUCUCCACCUGCUCUGAUGAACAUCAUGUCUGCUUCGGUCAGUCAUCUUCUCCCGCUGCGCCUCGUGCUUCUGGACGCUCUGAUGUCAGAUUACACCAUUCUGGUAGAUGCAUAUAUGAGCAGCUACCACAACCAGCCUCUUCACAUCGAGCAGAGAGAAGGGACGCUCCCUGCAGAAGUGGAGGAGCUGCUGUGUGUGCUGCAGGAGCGGAGGAACUGGGCGGCUCGACGAUACUCUCUGACCGACGCCGGCCUGCUGAGACGCUCCAGCUUCAACACUCACACCCACAUCUGAUCAAACCCUGUCCAUACAGCAGCCAGUUAAGCUGCAAAAACCUGUGAACUCUGUUCAGUCUGAUGUAGUUGAGCGCAUUUGUCAUAUUGUUAGUCAAAAGAAGACAGAAUUUUUGUUUGUGUGCAGUUUGUUGGACCUCACAGGCACUGUUUCUUUGCUCUGCUGUAACGUGUGAAGAGUAUUUCUGUAUCACAUGUAAAGCUGUUGAUGCUGCUGGUUUGUGAAGCAUUAAAAAGCCUGUUUUUGCUCCGUCUUCGUU